AUAUUAUUCCCAACUCCCCUUCAUCCGGUAUAUACUUGAUCUCAAGUCCUUCUCUUGUUCUUGAAAAAGAGGGUUUUAUCAACUUGAAGACAAAUCCUCAGAAUCUUUGUCUGGCACAAAAGAGGAAAUAUCCCAAUUCCGAUUCUUCAUCAUGGCGCCCAGUCUCAGCAAGAUCUUUACCACCCUUCUCGCCCUAACCCCGCUGGGCACCUUCGCGAGCCCUUUGAACGUAUGGCGACCUACUGCCGAGUCCGGGACAUCACUGGGGGUCUUCGUUAGUAAUCCAGAUGCGACGGACGUGGUCCCCAACUCGUACAUCGUGGUCUACCACAAGAAUACUACCGACGAUGAAAUCAGCGCACACGAAGCAUCUGUCAAGAUGGCAGUCAGGAAACGCAACCUAGGCAAGCGAGGUCUCAAUGGCCAGUUACUAUCCACGAGGGUUCGUAGUUUUGCCAUGUCGGGAUGGCGCGGUAUGGCUUUGGAGUCGGACGACCUCAUGAUGAACGAGAUCAACAAUAUGGCCAUGGUCAACUAUGUCGAGGCCAACACAUACGUCAAGGCCUUUGGCCUGGUCAACCAGGCCAACGCACCCACCGGUUUGGUUCGAUUAAGUCAUGCUGAAGUGGGAGGCAACGGCUACGUGUUUGACGACGCAGGUGGUGAAAACAUUACGGCUUACAUUGUGGAUACUGGUAUAAUGGUUACGCAUGAGGAUUAUGAAGGACGGGCAACGAUGGGCUUUAACGCUGUUGAACAAGAAGAGGCUACUGAUCUAAAUGGCCAUGGCUCUCAUGUUGCAGGCACCAUUGGGGGCGCAACGUUUGGAGUGGCCAAGAAUGUCAAGCUGGUUGGCGUAAAGGUUCUUGAUGCCCAAGGAGGUGGCACCAAUGCUGACGUGAUCGACGGCCUCAACUUCGUUGCGCAAGAUGCUACCAAGGGAAAAUCUGUCAUGAACAUGUCGCUUGGUGGUCCCGCCUCCCGAGCUAUCAACGAUGCCAUUGAGCGCCUCUUCGCUAACGGGGUUGUACCCGUGGUGGCCGCUGGAAACGAGGCCCAGGAUGCGGCCAAUGUUUCCCCAGCAAGCAGCCCCAACGCCAUCACGGUUGGUGCUAUCGACCAGACCAACGACCUACAAGCAAGCUUUAGCAACUUUGGUCGCGUGGUGGACGUAUUUGCACCUGGCGUCGACGUAGAGAGCGUCGGCAUUACGAGCGAUACGGCUAGCGAAACGCUGAGCGGUACUUCUAUGGCUUCACCACAUAUCGCAGGACUUGCCGCCUACCUUAUGUCUAUCGAGGGUCUUACCGACGCCACAGCGGUCUCGGAUCGCAUAAAGGAGCUAGGUGCUGCUACUGGCGCAAGUGUUCGACGCAACACUCGAGGCACCACCGAUGUCAUUGCUAACAACGGAAACCAAUGAUGAUGAUGAUAUGGUGACGGUGACGGCGACGGUGACGGUGACGGUUCAAGCGAAGACUAUCAUUGCUAUUGUAUAUACACAUAUUAUUUUUUAAGACAGAACAAGAAGAUAGAU